AUGUCUCAAGCAUCAACACAUACAACUACAUCGCCAGAAAUUCAGGAGGAGCACGAGAAAAAGUAUGAUGAGGAGCCAGUAGGAGAUUUGGAAAACCAAGAGAACCAAGAAACCCAGUUGGCUGAUGAGUUGAGUAAGAAACCUGCCCGUGCCUACAUUGGGGUUAUCAUCAUGUGUGGUUUAAUUGCCUUUGGUGGAUUCGUUUUCGGAUUCGAUACUGGUACAAUCUCAGGUUUCAUCAAUAUGAGUGACUUUUUAGAAAGAUUUGGUCAAGUUGAUGGUAGCGGAGAUUACUAUUUCUCAAACGUUAGAACAGGUUUGAUUGUUGGUAUUUUCAAUGCUGGUUGUGCCGUGGGUGCAAUCUUCCUUUCCAAGACUGCUGAUAUCUGGGGUAGAAGAGCUGGUAUCUUGACCGCAAUGCUUUUCUACGUCGUUGGUAUCAUUGUCCAAAUCUCAUCGCUGAGUGCUUGGUAUCAAGUCAUGAUUGGUAGAAUCUUUUCAGGUAUUGGUGUCGGAUGUUUAUCCGUCGUUUGUCCAUUGUAUAUCUCCGAAGUUUCACCAAAGCAUUUGAGAGGUACCUUGGUUUGUUGUUUCCAAUUGAUGAUUACCUUGGGUAUCUUUUUGGGAUACUGUACCACUUAUGGUACCAAGACAUACACCGACUCUAGACAAUGGAGAAUCCCAUUGGGUUUGUGUUUUGCUUGGGCUUUAUUGUUGAUUGGAGGUAUGGCAAACAUGCCCGAAUCACCACGUUACUUGAUCGGUAAGGAUAAGAUUGAAAAAGCCAAGGCUUCAUUAGCAAAAACAAACAAGGUUUCCGAAGACCAACCCGCAUUACUUAAGGAAGUUCAAUUGAUCCAGGCCGGUGUUGAAAGAGAAAGAUUGGCUGGUAAGGCUGGUUGGAUGACCUUGAUUACUGGUAAACCAAGAAUCUUUGAAAGAGUCAUUGUUGGUGCAUUGUGUCAAGCAUUGCAACAAUUAACCGGUAACAAUUACUUCUUCUACUAUAGUACUACUAUUUUCAAAGCUGUUGGUUUGAAUGAUUCCUUCCAAACAUCAAUCAUUAUUGGUGUUAUCAACUUUGCAUCGACAUUCUUGGGUAUCUACUUGAUUGAGAAAUUGGGAAGAAGAACUUGUUUGUUGUACGGUUCAUGUGCAAUGUCGGUUUGUUUCCUUAUCUACUCUCUAGUCGGUACUCAAAGUCUUUAUGUUGAUGGUCCUGAUGGUCCAACGAACCAGCCAAGUGGUGAUGCAAUGAUUUUCAUCACAUGUUUGUUCAUUUUCUUUUUCGCCUCGACAUGGGCUGGUGGUGUUUACUCCAUCAUUUCCGAAAUUUACCCAUUGAAGAUUAGAUCAAAGGCAAUGGGUAUUGCAUCUUCAGCAAACUGGAUCUUUGGUUUCUUGAUUUCAUUCUUCACUUCAUUCAUUACUGAUGCUAUCCACUUUUACUAUGGUUUUGUCUUCUUUGGCUGUCUUUUAUUCUCCAUUUUCUUUGUCUACUUUAUGGUUUAUGAAACCAAGGGUCUUUCCUUGGAAGAAGUUGAUGAAUUGUAUCAAAGUGGUAUUCCUGCAUGGAAAUCAUCUGGAUGGGUGCCACCAAGCGAGGAGGAAAUGGCCACUUCAACCGGAUACGCUGGUUACCACAAACCACAAGAAGAGCAUGCUGCAGAAGAGGAGAAUGUUCCUGCCAUGGAGCAACGCCGUGCAUCUGAAGAAAUUGUGUAA